UUGGUUGCCAUCUCUGCAACAUCAUGUUAUAUACAGUAAAGAACGUGAAGAAAGUGUUUCACCAAAAAGGAAUGAUAUUGAUCUGAAAGCUCUAAAACAAGUUCAGACAAUGCAGAGACUUGCACAACAACAACAAGAACUGAUGGACUUCAUAGCGAAAACAGAAACCCUUGUUUUGAAUAUUGAAAGUGACGCAGCGUUGUCUGAAUCCGAUAUAACUGGCUUUAAAAAUCAAAUGAACAAAUGGUGUGAUGUUUUGGAAACAAUAGAAGAACAGGAAAGCAGAAAAAAAGAAGAAAAAGAAGCAGAAAAAAGGAGGAAAAAGAAAAAAGAAGAAGAAGAUCGCCAGAAAAAGGAAGAGGAAGAACGUAAGAAAAGACAAGCGGAAGAAGCAGAUGAAAGAAAGAAAAGAGAAAGGGAAGACGAAAAACGACAGAAAAAAGAAGAGGAAGAACGAAAAAAAAGAGAGCAGAAAGAAGCAGAACGACACAAAAAAGAAGAAAAAGAACGGAAGAAAAGAGAAAUUAAAGAAACAGAAGAAAGAAAGAAAAGGGAAAAUGAAAGAGCAGAACGGCGGAAAAAAGAAGAGAAAGAACGAAAAGAAUCAGAACGACAGAAAAAAGAAGAGGAAGAACGAGAAAAAAGAGAGAAGGAAGAAGCUGAUAAACGAAGAAAAGACGAAGAAGAACGUGAUGCUGAGGAGAAACGAAGAAAACAAGGGAUCGAAAAGAAAAAGUGAGAUUGGAAAAACUGGCCACCAUUCAUAUAUUACAAUACAAAACAAAACAGCUUCCAUCAGAAAAUCUGCUGUGUUUUAUUUACAAUGCAAGAUGGAAUUCAGGAGAAUGAUUUUAGCUGCCAAGCCUCUGACGCUGUUGAAGAUCUAGAUAAAUGUUUGGAAACCAAUGACGAGCAAAUUAUCUCCUCUGUUAUCACAAUACAAUACAAGAAAGGGAA